UAUGCCUUAACUCAUUGACAUGUAUGUAUGCAUGUAUCUGUCUAUGCGUCUACCUUUCUAUCUGUCAACCUACCAAAAGUUUAGCUCAAUUCGCACAAAUCUCUCUCUACUUCAUCGCCACAACACAACACCACAAACGCCCGCAUUUCCCGCGGUCUUUUAAUACUCUCUGUCCGCGUUUGUUACCGAUCACGUGACGUUUCGAAACCCGUCAUGAGCUGCAUGCUGAAGAACUUUGCAAAACAGUUCAAUCUUGUGUAUCGAAAUUGCCUUCUCUAGUUUAGGUCACUACAAUCCGGCGACAUCCGUCGCUCUAGUCCUUGAAAUUUCACGGUCAAAUGGCCCGUUGAUCCGCCUACUCUGUUCACCACGCUGAUGUCACAAUGAUGCAGACCCUUUGUUAUGCGCCUCACAUUUUGUUGUUCAGCAAACAUCUGCGCUGUUCAGAGUCUUUUCACCAAGGAAGUACCGACUUCACUGAACCGAGAUGGAGUCAACUGAGGCUCUCGUGAAAUCCCAGUCGGCCUGGGCUCACAUGAGUCACUUGUUUGCUAUACUUUGUCUGGUUGCCAUCAUCUAUAAAUUAACCAACUUCUUUGUCCGGAGAAGACAUACGCUCCAAAACUUUGACGCUUUUCCAGGACCUCCAGCACACUGGCUUUUCGGACAUGCGAAGGAGUUUAAACAAGAUGGGACAGAUUUGUACAGGCUUGUGGAAUUUGGAAAGCAGUAUGGUUAUGCUUUCCAAAUCUGGUUUGGGCCCUUUGUUUGUUUACUCAAUAUUCAACAUCCAGAUUUUGUGAAGACUGUAUUGGCAUCAACAGAGCCAAAGAAUGAUUUAGGAUAUAGAUUUCUUGAGCCCUGGAUUGGUGACGGUUUGUUGGUGUCAAAGGGUCAAAAGUGGUUUCGGCACAGAAGGCUUUUGACCCCAGGUUUCCAUUAUGAUGUGUUGAAACCAUACACUAAACUGAUGGCAGACUCUGCUAAAACAAUGUUGGACAAAUGGGAAAGUUAUGCAAACACCAGUGAGUCCUUUGAAUUGUUUGAACACGUGAGCCUCAUGACACUUGACAGCAUCUUAAAGUGUGCUUUCAGCUACAGCAGCAACUGUCAGACUGAGAGUGGAAAAAACGAAUACAUCAAGGCAGUUUAUGAGCUCAGCAAUCUGAUUGACAUUCGGUUUAGGACGUUUCCAUACCAUAACGACUUGAUUUUCUACCUCAGCCCACAUGGCUUCAGAUACAGGAAGGCAUGCAGAGUGGCUCAUGGUCAUACAGAGGCGGUCAUCAGAAAGAGGAAGGACGCACUGAAGGAGGAGAAAGAGCUGGACCGCAUACAGGCCAAAAGACACUUGGAUUUUCUGGACAUCCUUCUCUUUGCAGAAGAUGAAAAGCAGCAGGGUCUGUCAGAUGAGGACCUAAGAGCAGAGGUGGACACCUUCAUGUUUGAGGGCCAUGACACCACAGCCAGUGGCUUGUCUUUCAUCCUCUACUGUCUGGCCUGCCACCCAGAACACCAGAAAAUGUGCAGGGAGGAGAUCAUUCAAGCCCUGGAUGGCAGGGACACCAUGGAGUGGGAGGACCUCAGUAAAAUUCCAUAUACUACAAUGUGCAUAAAAGAAUCCCUCCGCCUUUACCCUCCUGUACCAGGAAUAGGCAGAAAGAUCACAAAACCCAUGACCUUUAUUGAUGGAAGGACUUUGGAGAAAGGUUCUUAUAUUGCAAUAAGUGUCUUUGGGAUUCACAGGAAUGCAGCAGUCUGGGAAAACCCUGAUGUCUUUGACCCACUGCGUUUCCUACCGGAGAAUGCUUCCAAAAGGUCACCUCAUGCAUUCGUGCCCUUCUCUGCUGGUCCAAGAAAUUGCAUUGGUCAGAACUUUGCCAUGAAUGAGUUGAAAGUGGCAACAGCCAUGACACUGAUGAGGUACCAGCUGAUAGAGGACCCAACUCUCAAACCCAAGUUAAUUCCAAGACUAGUGCUUCGCUCGAUCAAUGGCAUCUACAUCAAGAUCAAACCUGUAGAUCCACGAGAGUAAAGGUGAAGUAACUGCAAAAAGGACUGUAAACCUGGAAAGUACUUUUAUCAGUAAGGGAAAUCUGUGAGGAAUUAAAGUUUAUUAAAUUGUAAAAUUAAAAAAAAACUCUAUAGAAUCACAAAGAAAUAAUAAUGAAAACAAUAACUGUAUAUUAUUAUUUGCUGUGAGUCCAGUUGGAUUAUCUGUUGCAGCCCUGAGCAAAUAAAGUGCUGGUGUUGUGCCAAGGUAGCUGUCCCUGAUAACCCUGGCCACAGGAGUGCGCCUGCAUUCAGUGAAGGUGGAGCUAACAUUAGGUUUAUACGCUUUGAUUUUACGCAAGGACAUGCAAUAAUUAAUGCAAUAUAAUUGGGCAAUAAAGUGUCAAUAUUACAAAACUGUUAACUAACCAGUUCACUUUGCUGUUAUGGAGAGGUACUACAUGAUGAAGAAGAAAAAAAGGAGCCACCAAUGAUUACAUAAGGAUUCAUAACGGUGGGUAACAGAUAGCCUAUCAUUAAUGUUCUGGAAAUUACAUGGGUUUUAUAAAAAGGCCAAUUUCUUUUCAUUAAUAAUAUGUUGAGUUCAUGCUCAUGUCUCUGUCAGACAUAUCUUAAUAUGAAAAUAAAGAAAUAAAGUAAUUUGGUGCCCCCCGCACCACAGACCUCCUGUUCAAGUCCAGGCUAUAGGCUAUCCAAUACAUUAAAAGUAUGUAUUAUAUAAGACUGUAACAGAGUCAAAAUGCAAUAAAACUUAAUAUUAAUCAAAGAGGUGUUUUUCUAAUGUCCCCAUGCAAAAACAUGUAUAAAGGACUACAUUUGUGUAUAAAGAUCACUUAAAUUUU